GUGGUCGCGCCCUGUCAGUUUUAUCUUGCCUUUGAUCUCUGCCCUUUAAAUCUUCAUUUCAUUCAACACUCCUUCACACCCAUUUCUCUCUCUCGGUGUAUACUCCUUUCAUCCACUCGAAUUGCUUCUUGAGAUUGGUCUGUUUCUUUUUUCUUUCCAGGUGAUUAUGACCUUCUGUACAAUGGAAGUUACAGGAGGCUAAAGCUUGUUAUGUUUUAUGGCCUUGUCUGAUAUUUGGGCAAUGUGUGGGGCCAGAAAAAAUUCAGGGAGCUUGGGAAAUACUCUGCAUAGAACAACAGAGAGGAACAACUCUAAGUGCAAAUCAUCAGGAAUGGCAUUUGAAUCAGAUUGGACAAUGCACAGAAAAUCUUCGGCAUUUACAGCUCAAGUGAUCCGUCCCGCGACAUCUUUCAUGCCUUGGUCUUGUAAAAUCCCUAUAGGUGACGGAUAUCACGAAUUUCUUUAGUUGAGUUUCUGCUGUUCAGAAAUAUUGAUAUUUGCUUCAGAGAGAUAUAAUUGAUCAAAAAUAAGAAUUUAUCCAUCUCUCAUAAUUUGAUUUGUGUAGCUGCUUAAUCUAAAAAUGCCUGGUAUUGUGGCUGGAAAAAAGAGAUUCACCCAAUCAAAUAUGUGUUUAUCCAAUUCAGUCCAGCAAGAUACACUAACUCUUUCCAAAAGCAACCCCUGUUUAACUUCUCAAUUCGCUGACGAUUCUUACGGCCCCAUUUUGCCUGGGCUGCCUGAUGAUGUGGCAAAAUAUUGCCUUGCACUUGUUCCUCGUUCUAACUUCCCAGCUAUGGGUGGUGUCUCCAAGAAAUGGAGGUCAUUCAUCCGAAGCAAAGAAUUCAUCACUGUAAGAAAACUAGCUGGGAUGCUCGAAGAAUGGCUCUAUGUCUUGACUAUGGAUGCUGAAGGAAAGGGGAGCCACUGGGAAGUAUUGGAUUGUUUGGGACACAAACACCAGCUUCUCCCCCCAAUGCCUGGCCCAGUUAAGACAGGAUUUGAGGUGGUUGUUCUCAAUGGAAAACUUCUUGUCAUGGCUGGCUGUUCAGUUGUUGGUAGGACUGGCUCUGCCUCAGCAGACGUCUACCAGUAUGAUUCUUGCCUCAACAGUUGGAGCAAACUAGCAAACAUGAAUGUGGCUCGCUAUGACUUCGCUUGUGCUGAAGUUAAUGGCAUGGUUUAUGCUGUUGGUGGAUAUGGGGCAGACGGUGACAGUCUCUCCAGUGCAGAGAUGUAUGACGCUGAUGCUGACAAAUGGAUCUUAAUUGAAAGUCUCCGCCGCCCAAGGUACGGCUGCUUUGCAUGUGGAUUUGAGGGAAAACUCUAUGUCAUGGGUGGAAGGUCAAGUUUCACCAUUGGAAACUCAAGGUUUGUUGACGUGUACAACCCUGAGAGGCACACCUGGUGUGAGAUGAAGAACGGCCGUGUCAUGGUCACAGCUCAUGCCGUGCUGGGAAAGAAGCUCUUCUGUAUGGAGUGGAAGAACCAGCGGAAACUUGCUAUAUUCAAUCCAGAGGACAACUCAUGGAAAAUGGUACCAGUCCCAUUAACUGGCAGCUCAAGCAUUGGCUUCCGCUUUGGCAUCCUGGAGGGUAAGCUUCUGCUCUUCUCACUAGAGGAGGAUCCUGGCUAUCGCACCCUGUUGUAUGACCCGGAUGCAGCCCCAGGCUCAGAAUGGCAGACUUCUGAGAUAAAGCCAUCAGGUUCAUGCUUAUGCAGUGUGACAAUCAAGGCAUGACUGGUUCACUGGUUCACUGCCUGAAAGUUGAGCAUCAUAUUGAGAGCCCAGAAUGCUAGUGUUCGUGUUGUUUGGCUGAAGUCAGGGUUAAGAUCAGGUGUCAUGGAUAAUCUCUUAGGUGUUGAUUUUAAUUAUCAGGUUUGAUUUUUAAGUUUAUGUUUUUCCGCAAGUACUUCAGUGUUUCCUGAAGUUCAGUUGGGUUCAGUUGAGCUGCACAAAUGUACAUAAUUUUGACCAAUAAACUCCCUUCCUUAAAAUGGUUAUGUUUUGAAUUGAAUCCAAUGACAACCGAAAGCUAAAAAGGGGUUUCUGAUCA